AUGAUCAUAUUUCUGUUAGCAGAUGAAGCUGUUGCAGGGAAAUCCGUAAAUAUCAGCGCAUGUGGAAGAACUAGGAAUCUAUCAAUGUAUUAUCCGUUAGCUGUACAUUUAGAUUACGAUCCGCCGAGUUCGAGUGCAACAACACCAGUGGCAGCUGUUUCAAAUUGUGUUUUAUCUCAUAAUGGUUUUUUGGACCGACCCGAUCUAAUACAGACAGUUUGUCAGCUUUAUGAAGUGGUGGAGGGCGAGUGUGUUCAUUUACGGAAAACGGCCCUUAUCCAACAUGGUUCACCACUUCAUCCAUAUAGCAUUUGUAAUCCAAAUUACGUUGGUCAUGAGUUGUGUUUGCCGUUAGCUGUGGAUUAUCUUUCAUCUGAUCUCACACCCCCGACAAUGGCACAUCACUUUUACUAUCUUCAUAUACGAGAUGCGAAAAUUCCCACUUCUUUGAAAAAUGAUAUUUACCGUCAGUUAUAUCACACGGUACCUUCUAAUCUUUUCGCGAAAUAUACUGAGUUACGAAGUCGUUUUGACCUAGUGCCAUUGAAAGAAUGUCGGCCAUUGAUGUUAACUAUUCUCGACUUCUGGAUUCAACGUUGUAAACGACUGAAAAUGUGUCUAGAUGCUACAGAAUUCUUUCCAAUUCGAUUACAGUGGACUGAUUCAGUGUUCGAAGGUACUCGGCUUCAGCGUGAUCAGCUGUCGCAAAACUGGAAAGUUGGACGUGAGGUUGAUGAAUAUGGUUGGGCCAUUGAAACAGUGCGUGCUGAACGUGUAACUGCAUUCGUCGAAAAUUGUCCAUUGAUCUUCAUGGGCGAUAAUACGUCUACACGCCUGGCACGUUAUAUUGAAUGGGGUAAACGAUUGAGUGACACUGAUGGACGAUUUCUACAGCGGUUCAGAAGUGAUAAUUGGAAAUUAGAAUCUGAACGGAUGUCUACUCUAUUUCUCCUUUUACAGAAGAUUCAUUUUGGUAAUGGAUGUGUUGCAAUAAUAUUAUCAUCUGGAGCACAUGAACUAGCUGAAGGUAUAGCACCAUCGAAAUAUGGCAAACUUCUGAAAAAUAUACUUAUGUAUUUGUUACAGUUCCAGUUGCGUAUUCUUGUGGUUCCACCAACGCCUCGUGCGGAAAAUCAGUUCCUUUGGUUCCAGUAUGUGCAACAACAAAUGGAACUUAGCGUCAAAUUAUCGACUGUUGAAUUUUUGAUUCGAUCAAGUCAGCAAGCAAGUGAUCGUUGUUUUUUGGAUGCCAUCAUUAUAGGAAGUCGUACGCUGGAUUCAUUUAUGUGUAAUAAUUCUGGAUUUACUGAUUUUGGAAUUAAGAAACUUGGAUUUUUCCUGAUCGAAGUGAUGCAUAUUCCGAGAAUUGGUCAUAACAGACAAAUUUCAAAGCGCGAAGUGAUAACUGCGACAACUUCAAGACGGGAAGAUGCAGUCAUUACUUAUGAUUACAAGAGAAGAAAUAUCGCUAGCGUGGAGCAACAGUCGGUGAGAUUGGUUGAAGCACAAACUAAAGUCUGGUAUCAGCCGAGUGUUGAUUAUGAAUCUGUUGCAAGUACUGACUUACUACCAACCAGUGUUACAUACUUAAAUGUAAAGAGUUAUUCAGAUUUGGCCGAUUAUACGGGUUCAGCUGCUGCUGAAAAUUUGUUGAUGCCAUUGGCUACCAGCUGUCAGAACUCGAGAUAUCGAAAGAGGAAGACAAAAAUCGCAGAGACAUCACAUUCCCAAAUCAUAAAUAAUGGACAUUUGCGAGGACAGGAGCAACGUGUUGUGAUUAACACUUUUAAAAAUUUGAAGCAAUCUCCCAAGUUAUUACAUAGGAACUAUUUUACGUUAGCACUGGAACGACGUGAUCGGCGUGUACGAGCACGAGCACACGGUGCCUCGGACAACUAA